AUGGACUGUAAGUUGGAAUUGACAAAAUUGUUUGAGUGCUGGAGGAUAUUUUAGUGAAUAAUUUAUAUAUAUUUAGGAAUGAUAUUAUACUCAGAAUUUGGUUAGAAGAUAGGAUUUUGGAAAUAAUUAAAUAAUAAUUAUUGCAGGUUAAUUAAUCUUUAAUAGAAUAAUUAGUAAUGCCGCUGUAUAUGAUAUUGGGGAGUACUGUAAUGACCUAAAAAUAGGAAGGUAGAAGCAUUUCUAUUAAAAUUAAACGAUGUAUUUUUUCAAAUGAUAUUAGUAGUGGUGGGAGAUAUGGAUAUUGUAUAUUCCAGAAAAAGAUUGGGAAAUAGAGAUAAAUAGAGGAAAACUUUUGUUAUAGAGCUUAAAUUAUUACUAAAGGCUUAAAGUACAAUUUUUUUAAUGAAUUGACGUCUGAAACAUUUUA